AGUUUAAUCAACUCUUCUGAAAGGAAAGACUUGUAUUUUGAUCUUCAUUUGGAGAGGGUUUAAAGUUCACUUAAACGCACUUCCUCAAGUAUGUGAGGGCUGGUUCACAUCAGGACGGCAGAGAGAAGCUACACACUGAUUUUUAACUUCAGUGAAUUUGACUUCUUGUACUGAAAACAUAAACUAGUAUUUCAAGAAUGCAUGGGAGUGAAAUAUUAAACAACAGAGCAAAUCUGUCACAGACUGACCCCACCCUACCGAACGAAUACAGGAUCAGUUUGGUGGUUCUCUACGUGCUUGUCUUAAUUGGCGGGAUCACUGGGGUGAUAAUGAUGAGCACCACCCUUACGUCCAACAUGCUGUCUGUCACCAGAGUAUCAGUGAUCAACCUACUGGUGGUACACAUGGUCUUCCUCUGCACUGUGCCCUUCCGUGUCUACUACUAUGCCUCUGGUCACUGGAAACUAGGCUUCAGCUUUUGCAGGCUGGUCAGCAGCAUGCUUCACGUGCACAUGUACCUCAGUUUCAUCUUCUACGCCAUCAUCCUAUGCACACGAUACCUGUCUUACUUUGAAUGGAAAUACCGACUGGAAUUCUACCGGAAUCUGCAUGCUGUAAUAACCAGUGUGACCGUCUGGGCCAUUAUUUUGGCUAUUGUUAUCCCUUCUACCAUCACGUAUGGAUCAGGAACAAAUGCUACAGAUGAUAAUCAGUGCUUUGCCUUUGGAAUUGCUCUUAAUAAUCCAGAUGUGAAAGUGCUGAACUACAUCAUUUGCGCUGUGGUGCUGCUGAUCGCGGUGACCUUGGCCUCAUUUCAGUGUUACAUAUUGUGGUGUGUGUACCGAAAACAUGGAGCUGUCUCAUGGGUUCAUCAAGAGUUCUGGGCUCAGGUCAAAAGCCUGUGCUUUGUGUUGAUCAUGCUCAUUUGCUUUGUGCCAUACCAGGCAUUCAGGAUCUACUAUGCAUGUGAAUAUUGGCAAGGACUCGAAAACGUCAAUGAGGUUUUUCUAGCAGUCACGGCUUUCUGCUGCUUUGACAUGCUUGUGUUUGCUGGCAGGGAUGUGUGGCGACCUGCUUACAAAAUGUGUUGUAUUUCAUGAUGUGUUAAAUCUAUUGACUGAUAUCAUGAUAAUGAUCAUAAUAACAAUAUAUAUACACCAAAUCAGCCAUAACAUU